AUGAAUAUUUCUAGAAGUUCUUUGGAUUCGACAUUUAAUGGUGAGGAAUCAAAUUCAAGAGUAAACUUAAAUAAUGCAAUGCUUCUGUCAAUUGAUGAUGAAAUAUUAUCAAAUUCAGGUGAUGAAAGUUUUUUUGACGCACACAAUUCUGUUUUUUCAUUGAGCAAUGAGGAAACGAAAACUGACACGUCAACAUCGAUUAAUGUAGAACAAACUAAGCAUAUUUCCUGUUCACUUGAACACAGUAAUAGUACAAGUUUAAUUCUUUUCUCGCUUACAAAAUCUCAUUUAUCCUGUAAGAACAAUGAUUAUACUGACAAUUCUAUACAAAAUUCAAAUAACUUUCAAUUUUUACAAAAUAAAGAUAUGAAACAAGAAAAUUUUGUGACAAAUAAACAUAUUCCGUUAAGAAUACUAUUAAAGCAGAUGCUUGAUGAAAUUUUAGGAAAAUGUAGUAGACAUAUAAAACAAUCACAUACAACUUGUUCUAACAGAUACUUAAGCAAUGAGUGUUUAAUAAAUAGUAGUAACUCGAUAAAGAAAUCAGAUAACACCUUUGAGAUAAAUAAUAAUGAUCCAUGUUUAACACAAAACCAUAAUAAUAUGAUUGCAACUUCAAUUGAAAAUGUAACAGACACUGACCAAAUUGAUGCUUCAUCUUCACAGGAUAUAUCAGUCUGUCUAUCAAGUAAACUUGUUUCUAACCAAUUAGUUACAAUAUUAGAAGAUUCGAAUGAAAAUACCAGUAAUUCACAAUUAAAAGAUUCUCCCAAUUGGUCAGCAAAAUAUGUAGCCAAAGUAACAAAUUUCUCCUUUAAAAAAUUAGAAAGUAUAGGUAAGAAGUUGUUUAUUACCAGUGAUAUAAGUGACAAUGAAACUACUACAUCCUCAAAUAUGUCAAGUGAUAUUGAAAUACUAAAUAAAAAAAUUUGUCAACAAGCAAACAAUUAA